UACAGUCGGACAGUGUGGAGAGAUUGAGACAGGGGUGAACGCAAACGGAGAGAUCAGAGCUGCUGAGGACGCAGUGACAGGGGGGAAAAGGAAUCAAAGGCCAGGGCGAAUAGACACAAAGUUUCUGAGGACGGAUAUUUCAGUACGCUUUUCUUUGAACGCAAUUCUGAUCUUUGGCUUCAAGUUGCAUAUAGGAGUAUAAGUUUCCAAUGGUCAGGCAUUUGGAGACGGCUGGCGCACCAAGCAUGGGAUUAUUUUUGUAAUGUGGAUUGCUAUUCCCGUGAAAGAAAAUAAAGGUCUGCUGCGGAACAAUGUGAGAAGAUAUGCGUCUUGGAUUCUCGUGUUUUUGGAUAUCCUGAAAAUCAUUGGCAACAGUUGAGAGGGAAGAAGUUAUGCGCACAGGAUUUUAUUCUCCAGCCUAUGGGACCAGUAUGGAUUUGCCUUUACGACCCCCUGUCCCGUAUUUAGAGAAGUUUUAGCAGGUCCGAUUUUUUUUUUGUUGUUGUUACUGUUGUAAACUUCAUGCUUUGGAAGACAUCGCCACAUUGGCCUGUUGGAUUUUAAACGUCGCCUGCCUUUGGAUUGGAUUUGUAACAACAUGAACUUUAUUGACAGUUUGACACUAUUAUUUUUGACACUGUCAGCUGUCAAGAGUGCUCACAUACCGAAAGAAGCAGGAAGAGGUCCACAUGACGUGAUCCCCUUGAUGGAGGUGUACAACAAAAGCCUGUGUCAGCCUCGGGAGCUGCUGGUGGAGAUCCUCCAGGAGUAUCCGGAGGAGGUGGAGCACAUCUUCAUCCCGUCCUGCGUGGUGCUGACACGCUGCGCCGGCUGCUGCAACGAUGAGAUGCUGCAGUGCAUGCCCACCUCCAGCCAUAACGUUACAAUGGAGAUUAAAAGAAUAAAACCCCAAAGGCAACAAAACGAUAUAUUCAUGAGUUUUACAGAACACAGCGCAUGUGAGUGUAGGUUAAGGAGUGAAGUGAAAGAGAAGAGAGAAAAAAAACCCCGGAAAGGCAAGGGUAAAGGCCAAAAGAGAAAACGAAAGAAAAACCGUGACAAAACGAAUCGCGAUGCUGUGUGUGUGCCUUGUUGUGAUCAGUGCUCGGAGAGGAGGAAGCGCUUGUUCGUCCAGGAUCCUUUAACCUGCCAGUGCUCCUGCAAACACACAGACGAAUACUGUAAAGAACGCCAACUAGAGCUCAACGAGAGGACCUGCAAAUGUGACAAGCCCAGAAGAUGAGAGAGGCGGGAGCCGCAGAUGCACCAGAUGAAGGAAUAUUCUAGAGAUAUUUCACAGCACAGCACUUUGACCUUUGAACCGUAAGCUCCUCUUCUCUGUGGAAAGCAUUCCCCCUGGAUUGACUGAGAGAGAACAAAAAGAAAGACUGAAAGAACUGAAAUCUCCUCCCAUUGUAUAUCUGUGUGUGUGUAUAUAUCAUGAUAAAUGA